UAUAUAUAAGCUAGGUGGGGAGUUAAAGACUCCUCCAAAAUCCAUCUUGAAAACUUUCUCGCUCGAAUUUACAGUCAACUCCGCCAAAAAAAAUCCCUCGCUUUCUGCUUCCUAUUAUUGUCUCUGCUUCGAAGCCUAUACCCUUUACCCAGCACCUCACAAGGCUGCAUCCCUCUUUUGUCUCUUGGUAGCCACACCAAGCCCAGAUAGAAUUCUUUCUGUGUUUCAUAAUUGGAUUUCAAAGAUCAUCUACCAAUCAAGAAGUUGAGCUACAAGUCAAAGCAAUCAAGAUUCGUGAACUUGGUUCUCCUUGUUUUGUUGCUUGUCGAAGAUAAUGAAUUUCAGGAGCUUAGAAGAGUUUUGGUCUUUCUAUGUGACUCAACAUUCAAAACCAUCAACAAGACGCUGGCAUUUUGUGGGCACGCUUUCAAGUAUACUGUUAUUGCUCUACUCUCUUGUUUUCAAUUUGUGGUUUUUGUUCUUUGUGCCGCUGGUUGGGUAUGGAUUCGCUUGGUACAGCCAUUUCUUUGUGGAAGGGAACGUUCCUGCAAGUUAUGGGCAUCCAGUAUGGUCUUUUCGAUGUGAUUGCAAGAUGUUUGGAUUGAUGCUUACUGGUCAGAUGGAUAGAGAAAUCAAGAGGCUCGGAAAGAGGCCUAUUUUGCAGGGAUUUUGAUUAUGUUGUAAACACCUUUUCUGUUUUACCAAAGAAAUAAUCAUGCAUGGAAAUUCUCCAUUCCCAAUCUUGCCGCCUUUUGACUGUUUCUUUGUUUCUCUCUAAUGUAAACAUGUGUCUAAAUUACAUGCUCUGAGUAUAGAAAUGUGUACAUUGCAGAAUCGAA